AACUCCGUUCUUCACGUUCAUUUCAUUCUUGCCCUCAUUCCGCGCAUACUUCACAUCGUUGUUAGAUACGCGGAAUAGUCGCGCUCUCGCGCUCCGACUACAAGAAAAUAAAGCGAUCAGCUGGAAAUAAAUCCGUGCACGCGCUCGAUCAGAUUGCUGUGCAUCGCACAUUUAAAAGACUGAGAUUGUGCAAACAUCUGCAGAGAUUUUCAUCACAUCUAGAGGUCCAGAAUUUUUUUUUUCCUACAAGCUGUGCCAACAAGUUUCCCACAAUCUCGUUUUAACUAGAGAAUGGACCAGAAGAAGCGAGACAUCUGCCCAGGGUGGAUGUGUGCCUUGCAGUUUGUGCUGAAUCGCACCCAUGUCUUUCGUUUGGCCGGCUGAGGUGGCCUGGAGGGUAAAGUGUAUUGUUGGCAUUCCUUGCACUCCCUAGGCCCAAGCUCAGAGGUCCCAGUCAUUGCAAUGGAUCCCAGCAGUUGGAGCGGCAGUGAAAGUGCUGGGGAGGAUAUUGAGAGGAUGAGCGACUCGGCCGAUAAGCCCAUGGACAACGACGCUGAGGGCGUGUGGAGCCCUGACAUUGAGCAGAGCUUCCAGGAGGCUUUGGCCAUCUACCCUCCCUGCGGCCGACGGAAAAUCAUUCUGUCCGAUGAGGGGAAAAUGUAUGGUCGUAACGAAUUAAUCGCUAGAUACAUCAAACUCAGAACAGGGAAGACACGGACGAGAAAGCAGGUCUCUAGUCAUAUCCAGGUUCUUGCCCGGCGGAAAUCCAGAGAAUUUCACUCCAAGCUAAAGGACCAGACUGUGAAGAAUGAUGCUCUCAACAGGAUGGCAGCCAUGUCUUCAGCGCAGAUCGUCUCAGCAACGGCCAUCCACAGCAGACUUGGUCUGGCGGGGCUCCCACGGGCCACCUUGCCUGGUGCGGGAGGGUUUUGGCAGGUGUCAACAGGGCAGCCUGGCUCCUCACAAGAUGUUAAACCGUUCCCACAGCAGAAUUACCCCAUCCAGACAGCCACAGCCAUCGCAGCUUUCGAGUCCCCCAAACCCCCAGCUACUGCAGUGCCGGCAUGGCAGGGACGCUCUAUCGGCACCUCCAAACUGAGACUCGUGGAGUUUUCUGCCUUCCUGGAGCAUCAGCGGGACCCAGACUCAUACAACAAGCAUCUGUUUGUGCACAUCGGCCAGACGAAUUAUUCAUACAGCGAUGCACUCCUUGAGACAGUGGAUAUACGUCAAAUCUACGAUAAAUUCCCUGAGAAAAAGGGGGGGCUAAAGGAGCUGUUUGGAAAAGGGCCUCAGAACGCCUUCUUCCUGGUCAAGUUCUGGGCCGUCCUGAACUGUAACAUCCAGGAGGAUUCUGGAGCAUUCUAUGGCGUGACCAGUCAGUAUGAGAGCUCAGAGAACAUGACCAUUACCUGCUCGACAAAGGUCUGCUCCUUCGGAAAACAAGUGGUUGAAAAAGUUGAGACGGAGUAUGCUCGGUUUGAGAAUGGUCGCUUUGUGUACAAAAUCAGCCGGUCACCCAUGUGUGAAUACAUGAUCAACUUUAUCCAUAAACUAAAACACCUGCCUGAGAAAUACAUGAUGAACAGUGUACUAGAGAACUUCACCAUACUAAUGGUGGUGUCGAACAGAGAAACACAAGAGACGCUGCUGUGCAUGGCCUGCGUGUUUGAAGUAUCAAACAGCGAGCACGGUGCUCAGCAUCACAUCUACAGACUGGUCAAAGACUGAGGCUACCCGUCUCGUACGAGCAACACAACGAACAGUCAGCCAGCUACUCGCUGCCCACAGAGAGCGAAAAAGGAACUCGAGAACAGUGGUGACUUUAUAUUCACUGAGGCUUUUACCCGCAGCAAAUACACAGCUGACAGCAGCCAAUGGCGGAAGAGCCUGUCGGACUAAGAAAAGCCUUUGAAUGACUCACAAGCUCAUUUAGGUGGCUUUGCCUCUGGCUUUUGGCACAUUUUGUGUCUGGAAUGAAUAACUACAUUUAUUAUAUUUUUUGUCAUCUGUGUUUCUGUGUUUUUCUUUUUAAUCUGUUGCGUGAGUAAAUUGGCGGUACUGUUUUGUUACUUUGUUGGGAAGUCUGUGUUUAACCUAGUGUUUUGGAUGGACAUUGCUUAUAUAAAAAUGUAUUGGCAUAGUUUUUUUUCUUCUGUUAUUUCUGUAUUUUAUUCUCACACUGAACUGUAUAUUGCAAAAACUUUGCCCCCAGGUAUUUUUCACCUUUAGUGAAAAGAUCAUAAAAAGGUACUGUAUUAUUUAUGUGGAACUUACUGCCUUAUACACUGUGCACAUGGGCCGUUCCCAGUGUGACCUACAGUUAAACAUACUAAAACACUAUACUUAGAUACAUGCAUUUUAUUUUAAUAGAAACUUUUAGAAAACAGCUAAAAAUAGUUAAUUGAACAAAUUGCAGGAUAUACAUAAAUCAAGCCAUUUAAGAUGUUAAUUUGUGAAUUUUCAGAGCGUAUAGUUUAAGAAACUAGCACAUUUUUAUCAGAUAAAUGGUCUGUUACUUCCCAUAUUAAAGGAAUAUUCCGGGUUCAAUACAAGUUGAGCUCAGUGAACAGCAUUUGAGGUAUAGUGUUGACUAAUACAAAAAGUAAUUUCGACUCGUCCCUCUUUUUCUUAAAAAAAAGCAAAAAUCGAGGUUACAGUGAGGCACUUACAAUGGAAGUUAAUGGGGACAAUGGAAGUGAAUGGGGACAAUUUUAGGAGAGUUUAAAGAGAGAAAUGUGAGGCUUAAAAUUGUAUAAAAGAACUUACAUUAAUUCUUCUGUUAAAACGUGUAUUAUUUGAGCUGUAAACUUGUUUAAAUCAUCGUUUUUACCGUAAUUUUAGGGUUUGUUGACAUUACGUUAUCAUGGCAACGAAGUUGUAAAAUUGGCUAUAACUUCACACAGAAAAGGUUAGUAAGUGAUCUUAUCACAGUAAAAUCAUGUUAACACACAUUAUGUUUAUGUCUUGUGGCUAUACUUUUGAAACAGUGUUUUAACAUUAAAACAUUGGCCCCCAUUCCCUUUCAUUGUAAGUGCCUCACUGUCACCCAGAUUUGUGCUUAUUUUAAAGAAAAGGAGGGACAAGUCAAAACUAAUUUUUGUGGUAACCAACAUUAUGCCACAACUGCUGUCGAUUGAGCUGAACUUGUAUUGAACCUGGAACAUUCCUUUAAAAGAGGCUACACAAGCAAGGAAAUUUAAAUAGCAAAAUCACCAAAGCAUAAAAGAAUAUUGUGCCUUAGUGUUUACCAUCAGUCUUGUCUAAUUCUGAGUAAAGGUAUGUAAUCGAACUUGACGUUUGUAUUUUGUCCCACAAAAAUGUUGACUUACCAUAUUUUUUGUCAAGCCAGUCUAAGAAAUAUAGGUCACUAUUUUCUCUUUUCAUACACCAAAUAAAUACACUCUGUCACUUCUGUUCAUGCCAAGUGAAUGCUACAGGUGUUGAAAGUGCCUUUUUUUUCCAACUCAGAAAAGAUUUGAAAUGUUGACACCAAAACAGCGAGUCAGAUUUGGAUUCUAUCACCAUAAUGCCUUUGACAUUUUAAUUCUUUUGAAAGCUGGGAGAAAUGUGAUUAAUUCUUAAACUGGCUGACAGAAACGUGUUGUCUCUCUCUUGUGCAUUUAGCAAUUUUGAUGGAUAGAUAUGACUUUUAUUUUUCGAUUUUUGCUUUGUGGACCAGUCAACAAUGCAACAUUGUUUGACUGGGGCAAAGGACACAGUAUGAAACUAUAAAUGGCACAAAUGUUUUAACAGGACUUUAACCAGCAAUUCCUUCUCUAACCUGUAAGGAAAGCAGUUCAUUUUGGUGUCAUGUAUAUAAGGGAAGGACGAUAAGAUUUUAUGUACACAAAGAACCAGAUAACAGUCCAGCAGUCAUAUUUCUCUGGGUAAAAUGACUCCCAAUAAUCUGAAUUAAAUUUUUAUAUCAGUUUUAUUCACCAAACAAGAUUGCUGCAUGUCAUAUCUGAAUUUUUUUUUUUUUUUUUUUUUGGUCACUCGUUUUGGGUUUUUACCUGUUUGGGAGAAUAUCUGUUAGCAAAAUGAACAUUAAAAGAGAACACUAAUGUACUUGUCAAUUCUUUGUCAUUUUUCAGUAAGACAAGAGUUAAUCUGGAGAGCACUGAAGUGUUAUUAAGUUGGGGUAGCUUUUUAAUAGGUGGACACUUUUGUCAGUUAAUUGUUUCAGUUGUGUAUGUUUACCUUUAUGUUGGAAGGAUGACACAAAAAGAAAAUGAAAAUAAACGUUUAGUGUUUGU